UUCAAGUGCCCGACAUGCGAGCAGUCAUUCUCCAGAAACCAUGACCUGAAGCGGCACGUCAAAAUCCACUCUGGAAUCAAGCCGCACCGGUGUCCAAAAUGCGGCAAGAGCUUUGGCAGAUCCGAUGCCCUGAAGCGCCAUUCAAUGGUUAAGCGGUGC